AUGACUUCCGUCGAUACUGAUACGCCUGUCAUACGCUGUACGUCGAAGCACUCUGCCAAUUUCUAUAUCCGAGCCGUCCAGAACUUCCUCAAUGGCAUGCCGGCCAAGGGUGAGCUAAGCGCCAAGGCACCAGUAGAUCACCUAGAAGUGACCGGUCUGGCGGCGGCUAUCACUCAUGCAGUGGCUGCUGCUACUGCAACAGAGUCAGCAGGGAUUGGGAAGAUAGUCAAAAUUAGGACUGACAUCGUUAUGGUCAGACCUGACUACCCUGGGGGACAAGUUGGCGAGGAACAUGGUAGAUGGGGGAUUCGAACUUGUGCCUGUUGA